UUUUAAUUUACAAUGAUAUAAUCGGUUUCAGUGAAGUUUCAUAAACCCGAUUUUUGCGAAGGUUUAACCAGUUGAAGAAUCGCAUGGCAAGAACCAUGUGCAGCUUGAUUUAGCCGGAACAUGUUCAUCACCCGAGUGUCGCUGUUCCACGUAUUAUUGGCGACUGCGUUCGGUUGCUAUCUCUUCCCCAGUGACGUGCCAGACCCGUGUCGUGGAGUCUCCUGUGGUCCGGGCGAGACGUGUCGUCCGUCAUCGGACGGGCGGUCGUAUCACUGCGAGUGUCCCGCGUCUUGCCCCAGCUACGGGGACCACGAGGGGGCGCGACCGCUCUGCGCCAGCGAUGCCCGCGACUACCCCGGCGACUGCGAGAUGCGACGCGCUGCUUGUCAAACAAACACGAACAUCACCUUCAUGUACUACGGUAAAUGUGACCCUUGCGCUGGCGUGACCUGUCCCGAACCCGAGGUGUGUCAACUAGAUGAGCGGCGGCAGCCGGUGUGCCGCUGCGCCGAGCCCUGCCCGCUGGAGUUCUCGCCAGUUUGCGCCUCCGACGGCAAGACGUACUCCAACGAGUGCCAAAUGCACCGCGAGUCCUGCCGCGCCAGAAAACAGCUGAGAGUCAUCUUCAAAGGACAAUGUAGUUCCGGUGUGAAUCCGUGCUCGGCGGUGGAGUGCCGGCACGGGGCGGAGUGCCGCGUGGAGGAGAGCGGCGCGGUGUGCGCGUGCGCAGUGUGCGAGCCCGUGCUGCGGCCCGUAUGCGGUUCGGACUCUCGCACGCACAACAGCGACUGCGAGCUGCGACGUGCUGCGUGCCUCCUCGGCAGGGACAUCAAGCUGCUGCACGCGGGGGCUUGUGGUUCCAGUGGGGUGUGCGCGGGGCGCGUGUGCCCGCAUGGAGGGGAAUGCGUGGGCGCGGGCGCGGGCGGGGACGCGCGCGGCGAGUGCCGCUGCCCGCGCUGCUCCGCCGAGUUUGCGCCAGUCUGCGGCUCCGACGGCAUCUCGUACGGCAACCGCUGCACGCUGCAGCUGGAAGCCUGCAGACACCGCAGGGACGUCAAAGUACUCUACGACGGACCAUGCAAUGGUUGCGAAAACAAGAAAUGUGAGCACUACGCAGUCUGUGAAAGCGAUGGUGUUUCUGAGACCAGCUGCGUUUGUCCAAAGCACUGCGAAGAAGGCACUGAAACAGAAGAAGUUUGCGGUAGUGACAACCAAACUUACAGCAGUGUGUGCGCGCUCCGCGACGUCGCGUGCCGGGAGAAGAGGCACCUGCAUGUUAAACACAUGGGUUCUUGUGAGUCGUGCGCGGAGGUGAAGUGUCCGAGCGGCACGUACUGCGCGCGGGGCACGUGCUCGUGCAGCAGGUCGUGCGCGGGCGCGCCGCAAGCCCCCGUGUGCGCGGACAACCUGCAGACAUACGCGCACGAGUGCGCGCUGCACAACGCCGCGUGCGAGGCACGUGCCCGCGGGCAGACACCACCCCGACUCGUGCAUCACGGGGACUGCGUAGACAAGGAUAAUGCCGGAGGUACAAACAAGACGACUAAGAAUGAGUCCAACGAUAUCGGGAGUGCGACUAGAAGCGAGGCGGAGAGUGGGGACGAGAGCGGGGGCGCGGGGGGCGCUAGUGUCGCGGGGGGCGCGGUGUGCGCGCGCGUGCGUUGCGCGUACGAAGCGACGUGCGCGGUGCAAGCCGGCCAGCCGCGUUGCGCCUGCCUCUUCGAUUGCGCCGCGGCCCCGCCCGCGCCCGUUUGCGCCUCCGACCUGCGUCUCUACCCCACGCUCUGCCACAUGAAGCUGGAGGCCUGCCGCCGACAGGAGGACCUCAGGUUACGCCCCUUGGCUCUCUGCAAGGGAUUAGAGUUUCGUCCGUGCGGUGACGACGAGCCGCUGACGGACGGCGAUGGGCGCGUACUGGACUGCGGCGGUGGACCGCGCCGCAAGGACUGUCCCGCUGGAAGCUACUGUCAUCACACCGCUAAAGCUGCCACAUGCUGCAAGAAAGAUAAGACAGUUGCGGAGAAGGAAUGCCAGGAAUCGUGGCACGGAUGUUGCCCGGACGGAGUGACGGCGGCAGAUAAGAUAUAUCAUUCAUUUAUGCCCGUGUCGGUUAACGAUGAUUACGAAGAUAUAUGCAUGAAAAAGACUACAGAGCGUCAUCAUGCGACUUUUUACGAUAAUUUCGAGGAGCAGUACAUAACGAACGAAGUGGACGAUUAUUAUUCGCUGUACGAGGAAUAUUACGACGGUCGGGACAAGGACGCGUAUGUCGCGCCUUUAUUCGACGGGCGUGGUCACAUGACGGCGCGCACGAGGCUGCCCGCCAAAAGUUUCGAUAUAUGGGCCGAGGUGUCGGCCGUUUGCGGCGGGGGCGCGUUAAUGAGCGCCUCAGGUGUGAGAGAUUAUUUAUGGCUCGGCUUCGUGGAAGACAAGGCGGUAUUGCGGUGGGAUGCGGGAAACGGCCCUUUGGAAUUACGCUCCGGCAAGGUCAGAGUGGAUGGGAGGUCUAAGUUAUCUGCGAGGAGAUACAAGAAAGACGCGCUGCUGAAGCUGGGCGCCGCUGCGGCGAGGGGCUCGACGCACGGCCCUAUGAGUUCGCUCAACAUCGACCCGUACGUGUUCAUUGGCCGCGCCCCGGAUAAUGUUACUCUGUUAUCGGGUAUGAAGAUCCCGGGGUUCGUAGGCUGCGUGCAUAGAUUGCGUAUCAGUGGGCGCGACAUAAUCCCGCCCGCGCGCGGCUUGACCGUCACCACGCACGGAGUCCGGCCCUGCACGCCGCACAACCUCGCGCAACUUGUGUGCCCUUAGCAAUUGGCAACGAUACUAACCAAACAGUAAAAUAUCACGACUAGGAUCGAAUAUAUUAUAUUUAAAAUCAUAAUAAAUUAAUAUGUAAUUUUUAUCACAUGAGUAUGACCCUGUACUUAGUGCUUCUAAUCGAUUCAAGAAUACUAAAACAUAAUGUACACUAUUAAUAUUACACUUUACUGAAGAAUGAAUAAAAAACAUAGAU